AUGAACAAAAAACCCAUCGAAUUAUCCGAUUUACCACCGGAAAUGCUGCAAUUAUUGGUGGAGAAAUGUGAUUUCAUUACAAGGCGCCGACUCCGCGCUUCUUCCUCCCUCAUGUAUCAAGUCGUCAAUUCCACCAAACUAUACAUUCCAUUAGUGAAAAUUCUGCACUGGAAUACAGGAGUACUUGUGGAGCUUUCAGUCGAACCGUUCAAAGGCAAUUACAUUCUGGAAUUCAAGAAAACUCCGACGGGCGGAACACAAAUUUCGUCUAAUUAUCGAGAGGAAAUUUUGAUUGAAAUUUCUGAUCCAAUGGACGAAGCGAUCGACUUUUUCAGACAAAUGUGUCUUCAGAAGAACGUCACAAUCGGACAGUUUCAUCUCGGGGGGGUUUAUAUCGACACGAUAGACAUGAAAAAGUUGACACAAAAACUCGACGGAGUUUUGCGGGAAAGUGAAAUUCCAGUGAAAAUCAAAUCGAUUCUUUGUGAGAGAAUAGAAUCUGAAGAUUUGAUGUGGAAGAUUAUGGACUAUUGUGAUAAGAGACUGUUGAAAGAGAUGAAAGUGAGAAGGAUGUUUCCAGAUGACGAUAUUUUCGAAUUGUUUGGAAAGCAGGACGAAAUUGUAAAAAAUUUGGAGAAGAUUGAGAUCGAGUGCCUCUGCAAUGUCUCCGAUGAAGACGUUCUAUCUCUCAACGCAUCUGUAAUCUCCUUGAAAUCCGACAAUUUCACUGUCGAUUUGGUCUACAAACUCAUUGAAAAAUUCAUAAACAGAAGAGAAGAUGGAUCGGCAUUCUGUAUUGAAAACUCGCAAAAACGAAAUUUGGAUUUGGGAACGAUUCCACCAGGAUUCAAGAAGACGGAUAGUACCAACGAAUACAAAGAAUACCGCAAUCAACUCAUCAACACCAAUCACCCGACUGUCUACCUUCGUGUCAGGGAGGAUAGAGUUCGUCUUCAGAUCGGAGACACCAAAAAAGCGAACUUCUGGAUUGAAGAUGAAUCCGAUUCAGACACAAGCGAUGAUUCUGAUUCUAUCCCUGGUUGGGACAUGGACAUGGAUUAUGACGAGUAUGAGGGUGAUUUCGAUCCGGAUGAUUACGACUAUGAGAAUGCAUUCGAUCAAGAUUAUGACUACUUUGACGAUGAUUUUUUUUGGGAUUAA